AUGUCGGAUUCUGUAGACCGCGUCUUCGUCCAUGCCCUGAAUACUGUUAAGAGGAUUCCCCGGACGGGAACCGCCCGCCCUCCGGCGGCGGAACGAUUGAAGCUAUAUGGAUUAUACAAGCAGAGCAUGGAGGGAGAUGUGGAGGGAGUUAUGGAUCGACCGAUUGGGAAUACACCGGAGGUACAUGCGGAGUGCGAGAAAUGGGAUGCAUGGUACGCUCAACGCGGCAAUACGCGCACGGAAGCAAAGCGCCGCUAUAUCUCAACCUUAAUCAAUACCAUGCAUAAUUACGCAUCACAGACCCCCGAGGCACGUGAACUUGUCGCUGAACUCGAGUUUGUCUGGGACCAGAUUAAAUAUAAUGCCUCUUCAUCUGCCUCUUCAGGUCCAUUGAAUGCCGUUGGCGUUCCACCUUUAUCCCAGCAUCGGGGCAGCUCAUACGGGAGUAUAGGAGGGAGACUAGCGGGUUCGAUGGAGGACUACGAGCGCCGGGAUAUACGUGCUGAUGAGCAUAAUUCCCGACUCCGAGUUCUUAGUCCCGUUAGUCAACCUGAAGAAGACGAAUACUAUCACCGACAUAGACGACGAACAACGGACGAUACCGUCGAACAAGAAGAUGUAGAUGAGGACGACGAGGAUGAAGAAUACGAGGAAGCGCGUGAUAGUCUAUACGAAGACCAGGAACCCGAUCCUGAUCCUGAACACGCAAGUACAGUACCAGAUACAGGGACAGAACCCACUACCUCACACGGCGAGGACCGAUCCUCUCGAAAUCACAACUACAAGCCCAGUUCCGGAGCAAGUAGUCACCUCUCUCGCUCUCGUUCCCGAGAUCCACAUAACCUACAAAAUAGCCCCUGGCGCCGCAGAGUCGAGCAGGCCUUGACCAAAAUGACCGCCGAGAUCGCCGCCCUGCGUGAACAAAUGGAGACGCGCAAGCUAGCGAGCCGCCGUCGCAAUGGCGUCUUAGCGUGGUUAAAGUGGAUUCUCUGGACGGCUUUCCGUCAGGUUCUUUGGGAUCUGACGUUACUAGGUGCUUUGUUGAUUUUUAUGCGGUUGCGCGGCGAUCGCCGUGUUGAGGAUCGGUUGCGUUCGGGUUGGUCCGAUGUUAAGAAGAGGUUGGGGAGGUUUAAAUUAUUACGACGGGCUGGUGAUAUGCCUGUCUUGCCUUGA